UUCGUUCUUCCAUUUUUAGCAAAUUGCGGACAUUCAUUUUAGCAAAAGGACUCGAAGAGCAGACUUAUCGCACUCGUUUCGCUUCCGGCUUCUUAGCGUUUCUUCCUCAGGCUCUCUCUCUCAGCUCUUGGGGCCAAAUCCAGAGGAGCCGAGCACAGAUCAAUGUCCUUAAACGCCAUUCAAGUUAAACCAGUCUCAGAAGAAGAAGAAGAUGGACCUUCAGCUCAGCCCGACCCCAACACCUCCUUUCACAGCCUGUUGCAUUACCGCUCCGGCUCUGGCUCCACCACUCCGAGGAGCCGCCAAUCCUCACCUGGUAACUCGCCGCGACUCGGCCCCACUCGAUUCGCCAACUCGGACACGUGUGAUUCACAAUAUACGCCGUUGUUUUUGGGGAUCGAAAAGGAGCUGAAGAUGCAGAGGAGGGCCAAGAGGAAAGUAGGGAGGGCUUGGUAUAGCAGAAAGCGAGUAAAGUUUGUUGUGGGUGUGAUUGGAUUAUUGGUUUUGUUUUUCUUGAUGAAUUGGGUUAUGCUUUUACGGCUACAAGAUCAUGGGCUCCAUUCUGAAUCUUCGUCUGUGGCUUCGGUAUCGGUUACCGUUCGGGAAAAAUGGAGAAAACUUGGUAAAGAAAAAAAGGCGCAGAAAGGUAAUUACGGAAGGAUGUUGGAUUUAGCUGCGCAUGCGUUGGCAGAGGGACUGAAUAAACCUGAGCCGAAAGAUUUGUGGCUGGAGCCAUUUGUUCCUGCUUCUUCUUGGAAACCUUGUGCUGACCAACGGAGCUGGGAACCUAAUGAGGGAAAGAAUGGAUACAUUUUGGUCACUGCAAACGGUGGGAUGAACCAGCAGCGAGUAGCUGUUUGCAAUGCUGUCGCUGUUGCACGAUUACUCAAUUCAACCCUGGUUGUUCCCAAAUUUUUGUAUAGCAGUAUAUGGAGAGAUGUGAGUCAAUUCGGCGAUAUCUAUCAGGAGGAGCAUUUUAUUAACUACUUGUCUCCUGAUAUUCGGAUAGUGAAGGAACUCCCCAAGGAGCUACAGUCACUAGAUUUGGAAGCAAUUGGUAGUGUUGUGACAGAUGCAGACAUCCCCAAAGAGGCAAAGCCAAGUUUUUACUUAAAAAACAUUGUCCCUAUUCUACUUAAGAACGGAGUUGUACAUUUUCUUGGAUUUGGGCAUCGCUUGGCAUUUGAUCCAAUACCAUUUCAGUUGCAGAGACUUCGAUGCAGAUGUAAUUUUUAUGCCCUUCAAUUUGUCCCGAAGAUACAAGAAGUUGGUGCUUUACUUCUUCAAAGACUGCGUCAAAAUGAAGGUCACCCUGGACCUCUGGAUCGUUAUCUGGUUGGUUCAUAUGCAAAACGAAUCAAGAAAGAUAAAAGUCAUUCUAAGAAAGCUUCCAGAUAUCUUGCUUUACACCUGAGGUUUGAAAUAGACAUGGUAGCUCAUUCUUUGUGUGAGUUUGGUGGAGGUGAAGAAGAGAGAAAGGAGUUGGAAGCAUAUCGUGAAAUCCAUUUCCCUGCAUUGACAGUUCUCAAGAAGACUACAAUGCUACCUACUCCUGCAGAGCUCAGGGAAGAGGGCUUAUGUCCUUUAACACCUGAAGAAGCAGUACUUAUGCUUGCUGCUCUUGGUUUCAACCGUAAGACACGUAUAUUUGUGGCAGGUUCACAAAUAUAUGGAGGGAGAUCAAGGAUGAAUGCUUUGACGAGCUUGUAUCCUAAACUGGUGACUAAAGAAAAUUUGCUUACGCGGGCUGAACUUGAACCUUUCAUGAAUUUUUCAUCCCAGUUAGCAGCACUGGACUUCAUAGGCUGCACUGCUGCCGAUGCAUUUUCCAUGACUGAUUCAGGAAGUCAAUUAUCGUCCUUGGUGUCUGGUUAUCGAAUAUACUAUGGUGGAGGAAGAAUGCCAACGAUACGACCAAACAAACGCAGGCUCGCGAGCAUCUUUAUGAAGAACUCCACUAUUGAAUGGCGUGUGUUCGAGCAGAGAAUUAGAAAGGCAGUUAGACAAACUAAACAUGUCCAACCAAGGCCCAAGGCAAGGAGUGUGUAUAGGUAUCCACGGUGUGACGAAUGCAUGUGUAACAUGACAAUAACCACCUGAUUAUUUUUUCAUGCCUGCCUUCAGUUGUGUCAUGCUCUUUUUGAUGACUUGGUGUAUCUGAGUCUUUGACCCAACGAAUCGGAACGGCCAGGACUAACAACGGGGAGGCUGCGCCACAUGAGUGUUCGCCUUGUUGCUAAUUCAAUUGUAAUACGGAAUCUUCAUCAUGCUUUGUAUUCUAACCAUUGUUCCAAUCAUAAUCUUAAUCAUUCAAAUACCAUUCAUCAAAUC